AUGAAACUUGCCAGCCACAAGUGUACAAGCCUGAGGCUGGUGGGGGAGAUCGCCCCUGCGCUGGCAGCCGUAGCAAAUGCUGCACCCAGAGAGUUCCAUAGCUACUUUGAGGAUGCCGUGGACCUCCUUCUGGGCUGGACUGCGAACCCGGGUCUCUCAGAUGACCAUCGCGUCACCAUCAAUGCCGCCUUUGCAUCUUUCAGCCCCCAUUGGCGGGACGAACGCCACCGGCCGUUUGCGACGGGGAUGCAGCGGAAGGUCGUGGCAGACAUGCAGAAGCUGGUGGAGGGCUGGAACCUCUGCGAGCGGAGCUCGGGAGGUUUUCAGAGGGAAUGGGAAGGAUUUGCAAGGGAGGGCGGAAGCAUGCGGAAGCUCGAGGGCUCCAUCCCUCGGCCCCGGGACAUCCCGCUCCAGAGUCGCUUCUACGGCAUCUCGGUUGCCAUGGGGAACCUUGGCGAGCUCUACGAGACCACGGCCCCGAUCUUGCUGACCCCCAGCCGCAUCUGA